AACUUUGAGCAAAUUGUUUAGAUUCUUCCAUUUCCUUAUCUGUUAAAAAUAGGGUAUUGAAUUAGCUUUAAAGUCUAUGAUCUGUGAUGAACAUAUUCAUGUUUAGAGAAGAAUCUUUCCUGGAGUCCAGAACAGGAUCUGUUGAAUAUACCAUUUAAGAAAAUAACAUAAUUUGAGGGAAGAGUUAAGAGCUUUGGCCCAGGUUCAUUGAGGGGAAUAAACACUUUGAGACCUUUGGGUACUUGUGUGGCCUGAGGACAGCUAUCCCAAGUUGGAAGUUCACCUGGGUUUAUGUGGGUUUAUAUGAUCAGCCACCAGAGUAGAGAUGGACCAGAAAAAGCCAAGUGCUAGAGGAUGAGAAUCCUUCUUUCUCUCCUUCUUUUCCCUUUCUUUCUCCAUCCUCCAGGUUCCAGCAGUGAUCCCUCCCCACAGUCCUCACUGACUUCACCUUUUGCCACUUCUUCCCUCCCUUCUUUUACUGACCAAGGCAACGCCUGGCCUUAAGGGCCUUAUUGUAUUCUCUCGUGGUGGUCUCUCCCCUUCACUGAUUUUUUCCCCCUUGUCCUCCCCAUGGUACCACCAUGAAUGGCGCUGUUGAGGGAGGCAGUGGGGCAGGGGGUUCAGGCCCUGGGCUUGGUGAAGGGUUUGAUUCAAGGGGCUCCCACUCCCCUGGCCCCCCCGAACACAGACCCUGCCCUGGUCCUGGCCUAGCAGAUGACACAGAUGCAAACAGCAAUGGUUCAAGUGGCAAUGAAUCCAAUGGACCAGAAUCCCAGGGUACUUCCCAGCAUAGUUCUCACAGCUCCUCUUCUGGCCAUGGGAAGGACUCUGCCCUGCUGGAGACAACAGAGAGCAGCAAAAGCACCAACUCUCAGAGCCCAUCUCCUCCAAGCAGUUCCAUUGCUUACAGCCUUUUAAGUGCCAGCUCUGAGCAGGAUAACCCAUCAACCAGUGGCUGCAGCAGUGAGCAGUCAGCCCGGGCACGAACACAGAAGGAGCUGAUGACCGCCCUCCGAGAACUAAAACGUAGACUUCCACCAGAACGCCGAGGGAAGGGUCGAUCAGGAACUUUGGCCACCCUGCAAUAUGCACUUGCUUGUGUUAAACAAGUACAGGCCAAUCAAGAUUACUACCAGCAGUGGAAGUUAGAGGAAGGGCAAUCUUGUUCCAUGGACAUGUCCAGCUAUACACUGGAGGAGUUAGAACACAUCACAUCUGAGUAUACUCUCCGAAAUCAGGAUACUUUUUCUGUGGCUGUCUCUUUUCUCACUGGCCGGAUUGUCUACAUUUCGGAUCAGGCAGCUGUUCUUCUGCACUGUAAGAGAGAAGUCUUCCGGGGUGCACGGUUUUCAGAGCUGUUGGCCCCCCAGGAUGUAGGUGUCUUCUAUGGCUCCACUGCCCCAUCUCAUCUGCCCACGUGGGGUUCCCGGGCCUCUGCUGGCCCCUUGGAUUUCACACAGGAGAAAUCAGUCUUCUGCAGGAUCAGAGGUGGCCCAGAUCGGGAACUAAGUCCCCGCUACCAGCCAUUUCGACUGACCCCCUAUGUGACUAAGAUCCAGCUCUCAGAUGGAGCCCCAGUGCAUCCAUGCUGUCUGCUAAUUGCUGAACGAAUUCAUUCUGGCUACGAGGCUCCCAGAAUUCCCCCAGACAAGAGGAUCUUCACUACACGGCACACACCCAGCUGUCUGUUCCAAGAUGUAGAUGAGAGGGCUGCCCCAUUGCUGGGAUACUUGCCUCAGGACCUUUUGGGGGCACCAGUACUCCUUUUCUUGCACCCUGAAGACCGACCUCUCAUGUUGGCAAUUCACAAAAAAAUUUUGCAGCUAUCAGGCCAACCUUUUGACCACUCCCCUAUCCGCUUCUGUGCCCGAAAUGGAGAAUAUGUCACCAUGGACACCAGUUGGGCUGGCUUUGUCCAUCCCUGGAGCCGAAAAGUGGCCUUUGUUUUGGGUAGACACAAAGUUCGAACGGCUCCCCUAAAUGAGGAUGUAUUUACUCCCCCAGCUCCUGUCCCAAUCACCACAAGAGCUAUGGAUCCAGAUAUCCAGGAGCUCUCAGAACAGAUCCACCGACUUUUGCUACAGCCAGUCCACAGUGUGAGUCCCACAGGAAUGUGUGGAUUAGGUCCUCCAACCUCUCCAGGUGCCUUUUUAAGCCCUGGCUCAUCUAGUGACAGCGGUGGAGAUAUUGAUCAUCCUGGGCCCCCUGUUCCAGUGACAUUCCAACAGAUCUGUAAAGAUGUGCAUCUUGUGAAGCACCAAGGGCAGCAGCUUUUUAUUGAUUCUCGAUCCCAACCCACCUGGCCUCCAUGCUCAGCCCUAGGUACUUUCAAGACCAGGGAUCUUAUCUGCAAACCCUUGGAACCAGCCCUUGAACUGAACCAGGUUCAGCCUCAUGUCAAUACUGUCCCUGAGGAUUCAGAGAGAAAAGAGCCAUCCAGUUGUUCCUAUCAGCAAAUCAAUUGCCUGGACAGCAUCAUCCGUUACCUGGAGAGCUGUAAUGUCCCCAAUACAGUGAAAAGGAAAUGUGCCUCUUCCUCCUACACGGCAUCCUCCACCUCUGAUGAUGACCGACAAAAGACUGGGCAGGGUUCUGGAGUGCCCAAAAAAGAUCCACCAGAAGAACUGUCUCGGGAGGGGGCCCCCCUCCAGAAGGAGCCAAUGGUGGGAGGCUCACUGACCCCGCUUACCCUUGCCAAUAAGGCAGAGAGUGUGGUAUCCAUCACCAGUCAGUGUAGCUUCAGCUCUACUAUCGUCCAUGUAGGAGACAAGAAGCCCCCGGAGUCGGAUAUUGUCAUGGUGGAAGAACUUCCUGGCUUGACCUCUGGUCCAGCUCCCAGUCCAACAAUGGCUAUUCCUGACCCUACUCCUGAUGCCUACCGCCCUGUGGGAUUGACCAAAGCAGUACUGUCACUUCAUACACAGAAGGAGGAGCAGGCUUUCCUUACCCGAUUUCGGGAUCUCAGCAGACUCUGUGUGUUUGAUACCCCUUCUGUAGGAACAUCACCCUCUAUCAAUCGAGGCUGCUGCCAUGGUCCCACCCCUCCUGGUCGCCGCCACCAUGGCAAAUCAAAAGCCAAACGUUUAAAGCACCACCAGCUUCCUCUGACUGAAACCCCUGGCUAUACCUCUUAUCCUUCCCCAACACCUCUGACCACUCCAUGGUCCUCUCAACCCAACCCACCCACAUCUGUUGCUUUCCCAACAGUGGUACAAACCUAUCCUCUUCCCAUUUUUUCAACCAAAGGUUGCCCCCAACCAUUAGCUUCUACCCCAUCUCUUUCACCCUUGUCUUCCCCCUUAGUAACUCCUAUGGUAGCCUUGGUCCUACCUAACUAUUUGUUCCCUUCUACCCCCACUAGUUAUUCAUCUGGGGUUCCUCAGGGUCUAUCAGAUAGGCCUCUCACCCCUGUGCCCUGUUCAUCUUCCCCCACUUUACCUCCUAUGCCAACAAGCUCUCCCCAAUACCCUGAUUCACCUCUGUUCAACUCACGGUGCAGUUCCCCACUCCAGUUGAAUUUGCUGCAGCUUGAGGAGACUACCCGGGGGGAAAGAGGAACAACAGUUUGUGAGCCUGGGAACAAUUCCAGGCUACCCCCUCCAGGAGAGGAGGCUACACAGCCAGAGACUGGACUGGUGGAGAUGAAUGAAUCCUCUAAUCAGGAUGCACUGUCAGGCUCCAGUGACCUGUUGGAGCUAUUGCUCCAGGAGGACUCCAGAUCUGGCACUGGCUCAGCUGCAUCUGGCUCCCUGGCUUCUGGCUCUGGCUCCCGUGGUGGGAGCACCUCAGCCAGCAUCACCCGAAGCAGCCAGAGUAGCCACACCAGCAAGUACUUUGGGAGUAUCGACUCCUCUGAGGCUGAGGCAUCAACAGCUCAGGUUGGAGUGGACCCAGGCACAGGACCUGGGGAGCAGGUCAUUAAGUAUGUUCUGCAAGAUCCCAUCUGGUUACUCAUGGCUAAUGCUGACCAUAGGGUCAUGAUGACUUAUCAAGUGCCCUCCAGGGAUACAGCUUCAGUGCUGCAACAGGAUCGAGAGAGGCUCCGCGCCAUGCAAAAGCAACAGCCUCGGUUUUCAGAAGAGCAGCGUAGGGAACUGGGUGCUGUGCAUGCCUGGGUACGGAAGGGUCAGCUGCCCCAGGCCCUGGAUGUGAUGGCUUGUGUAGAUUGUGGUAGCAGCACCCCAGGUCCCCAGUAUCCAGAUGGCACACUUUUCCCUGAGCUGGAUGGAUUGGGGCUAGAGCCAAUGGAGGAAGAUGGGGGUGGGGCCUCCCCAGACACAGCCAUGGAUGAAGAGGAACAAGGUGGGGAGCUAUCUACUUUCGAAUUACCUGCUCCAAGAACUACCAGCUAAAGUCAUCUUGGGACUACAGAGAUUCCUGGUUUUACUCUGCCAUUGAAAUAGGGGAAGAACAAAUGAAAAGCAUCAUGCUCAAGCCAUCAACCAAUUCCAGCUUUGAGAUUUGCUUCUGCCUUUCAGGCAGCCAGGGAGAGGUACCCCUGAAUAUCGACCCUUUCUAAUUGAACAAUCACAAUCCUGUCUCUUCCUUAGGGACAACUGAGGGUAAGCGGUUGGGGCUUCUUAGGGACCAGCCAGAAGUAGAAGUCUCCCUCUUCAUCCUAUUGGAGAUAAUUCCACCAACAAAAGAAUAUAUUCUAUUCAAAGAGUAGGAUAUCUUUUUAAAUUCCCACUGAGCAGGAACACCGAGUCCUGCUUCAGGUGUGGGAACUCUGACAAUACUUAUUAGGGAACUCUCCCUUUGUCUUUUCCUCAAAGGCCUGAUUAUUUUUCCACCCCAUUCCCCCACUCUUGGCACGGAAGGGGAGAGGUUGGGUGUCAGGGAAUGAAUACCUGUGGCCCUGGCAGGACCCAGGUAGCUGGAUCAUUAGCUCUCUUGGGUUGGGGAGAGUAGAAGACUAUGGGUCCCUGGUGCUGCUGCCCCUUAGGGUGGGACUCAGGUGUCUUCAGCUCCCCUUAUUGAUAUUUUUGUGUUUUUGAUACUCAUGUCUAUCUCUUUUGAUAUAAAACAGAAAACCUGUAACUAGA